UCACACAGCCGUUAGUAAAAUGUAUGUAAUCCGGCGGCUCUUGUUAUCUUGCUGUUUCUCUGUUUAUGGGAAAUUCCUCAACUCUGAACUAUCUCUCUGUUUUGUUUGCAUUGUGAGGAAAAGAGAAGCCGCAACGCGUUCCGGGGUCGCUCCUCCGUCAAAACCCUGGCCGUCCCCGAUAAAAAACGUCAGAAUUUCAUUGGCUAAUGCACAAAUUAAUUUCAGAACACUAAAAGACAAAACGGACUCUGCGAGACUCCAGCACAACGACAUAAACUACAAUGGAUUAUUCAACCAAUGACAACAAAUCAAUCAGCAAGAAGAAAGUGGUGGCUGUGGUGGGAGGUGGUUUGGUCGGCGCCUUGAAUGCCUGCUACUUUGCAAAAAGAGGUUUUCAAGUAGAGGUCUUUGAAUCUCGAGAAGAUAUCCGCCAAGCCAAAACAGUCAAGGGAAGAAGCAUCAAUCUAGCUCUGUCUCAUAGGGGUCGCCAGGCUUUGAAGCAAGUGGGAAUGGAAGACAUGAUUGUCUCCAAAGGAAUUCCCAUGCAUUCCAGAAUGAUCCACUCUUUGAACGGGACACAGUCUCCCAUUCCUUAUGGCAAGAAAGGCCAGUACAUCCUGUCUGUCGACAGAGCCAACCUCAACAAAGAACUGUUGUCAGACUUACCUAUCGGGCAUCAGCAGAGACAGUAUCCCAACACAAAUCUGAACUUUGCCCACAAACUACUCGACUGGAGCACUGAAACAGGGGCGAUGACCUUUGUCAGGGCUGAAGGUGCUAAGGAAGAGAUCCAGGCAGACUUGAUUGUGGGAUGUGAUGGAGCGUUCUCUGCCAUCCGGAAACAGUUCCUCCGUCAGAGCCGUUUCAACUACAGUCAGACCUACAUCCCCCAUGGGUACCUGGAGCUCACCAUGCCCCCCAUCAAUGGAGAGUUUGCCAUGAAGCCUAAUUAUCUGCACAUAUGGCCACGCAACACAUUCAUGAUGAUUGCUCUGCCCAACUUGGACAAGACUUUCACCUGCACACUCUUCAUGCCAUUUGAGGAGUUUGAGAAAGUUACCACGGGCGACCAGGUCAUCAAGUUUUUCCAGAAAUACUUUCCCGAUGCCAUCCCACUAAUAGGAGCGGAGGCUCUUAAGAGGGAUUAUUUCCAUCUGCCAGCCCAGGCCAUGGUGUCCGUGAAGUGCUCCCCAUAUCACUUUGGUGACAAGUGCGUCCUUAUGGGCGAUGCAGCCCACGCCGUGGUGCCAUUCUAUGGUCAGGGGAUGAACGCAGGCUUUGAAGACUGCCUUGUUUUCAACGAAAUCAUGGACSAGCUCAACGAAGACUUCAGUGCUGUUCUGCCUGAGUACACCAGAGUCCGAGUCCCAGACGACCACGCUAUUGCAGACCUGGCCAUGUACAACUACGUCGAAAUGCGGGCACACGUCAAUUCCAAAUGGUUCCUGUUCCGAAAAUACGUUGACAAUUUCCUUCACAUUKUCAUGCCAAGGACAAUAAUUCCCUUAUACACAAUGGUUACAUUUACCAGGACAAGGUACCAUAAGGCGGUAAAACGCUGGCACUGGCAAGACAAAGUGAUCAACCAAGGCCUGUUGUUCUGCGCUGCAGUGACUGUCGCGGGAGGCUCCUACCUGCUAGUCAGAUACCCCCCUAACAUGCCAAACAUCCCCACCGAGCAGCUGUGGUCCAGGCUGCAGGCCCUCAAGAGUCCCUUCUGAGMGGUUGUGGGUCAUACCACUCCAACCCAGAUAGAGGGGUGGAAACUGAGCUACAAACAGCAGAGAUCAAAUCAACUGAUCUCAAAACAGAUGGGAAAAAGACAAGUGUUCUGCGACCCAAUUACCAAUGAAAUUUUGAUCAUGUACUCAAUAAAGAUUUAAUUUACUGUAA